CACACACACACACACACACACACACACACACACACACAGAGAGUCAGGAAACACACCCUCUUUUCAUUGCAUAUCAGAGCCGGCGCAACAUUUCUACAGAUAUCUCCAUCCCAGACCACCAGGCAUUUUCUUGUUACAAAUUCAAGCAUGAGUCUAUCGGCCGGCCAACUGGGUGGUGCCAAAACAUGGAGACAGACCAGAAUAGAGAUGGCGAAGUUGUUAAAGGACGAAGAGAAGCUGUACGUGUUCGACGGCGUUCGCUAUCCCGUGCUGCUCUGUCCAGCCGAGAACAUGGAGGCCCUUAGGACCCUGCAGGCUCGGUCGGACGACAUAGUCCAGCUGUCCUUCCCCAAGUGCGGGUUUAACUGGAUGACGGCCCUCUUGAGGAAGAUGUUGGCUGCUGUGGCGGGGAAGACGUUCUCCUUAGACAUGCCUCCACAGCUUGAGUUCUGCACGCCAGACAUGCAAAAGACUAUACAACAAGAGCCAUCGCCACGGAUACUGGGGAUUCAUUCUCAUUUGGAGAGACUUCCUGUUUUGGCACAGUCCAUCCGAGACAACAAGACCAAGGUUCUGAUGAUGUUCAGGAAUCCCAAAGACACUGCCGUCUCCUAUUUCCACUUCAUGAACAGCAACCCAACCUUGCCCAGCGCAGAAUGGGAUACGUUCUUCUCAGACUUCAUGAGUGGAGAAGUUACAUUCGGAUCGUAUCUGCAUCACAUUGAAGCUUGUGCAAAAAUAGCAGAGGAGCCAAAUGUGAUGACUGUUAUCUACGAGGAAUUAAAGGAGCAGGACCUGUGUGAGAGUGUGAGGCGGAUUGCCAGCUUCCUGGAUCUACCUCUGUCUGAGGAGCAGGUGGUGGCCAUCUCCUCUGAGGGAACCUUCAGCGCCAUGAAGGAGAACGCUGUCAGCACCCAUGGACAGUUUGGCAACGUCCUCUUCCGGAAAGGUGAGGUGGGUGACUGGAAGAACCACUUCAGUGAAGCCCAGAGCCAGCAGAUGGAUGAGGAGUUCAACAAGAGACUAGCAGGAACCAGACUGGGGAACAGACUCAAAUAUGACAUCUACUGCAAAUAGACUAGUACCAUACAGGAGAAGAUACUCAAAUAUGACACCUACUGCAAAUAGACUAGAAUCAGACAGGAGAACAGACUCAAAUAUGACACCUACUGCAAAUAGACUAGAAUCAGACAGGAGAACAGACUCAAAUAUGACACCUACUGCAAAUAGAGGAGAACCAGACUGGGGAACAGACUCAAAUAUGACACCUACUGCAAAUAGAGGAGAACCAGACUGGAGAACAGACUCAAAUAUGACACCUACUGCAAAUAGACUAGCACCAAACUGGAGAAUAGUGGUGUAAAUGAUGGUGCAUUCCCCAGAGGUAGGAGCUUCCCAAUAUGCAACCAGGAGGCAGCUACCUCCCACUUGAAAGUGUUCCUACCAGCAAGUCAACCAAACUACAAACAUGGAGAGACAAAAAUACAUAUCCACUUCUCAGCUAUGUAAACAAUGAGGUGUAAACAACACCAUGCGUUUUUUCAUUUAGCUGCAUUUCAUCAUUGAAAGAGGCAAUGCCAAUAACUACACCUUAGACAGGUUCACGGGCGGUUUUGCAGCUGUUAACCUGUCCAAAUCAAGUCUAUUUGUCCAUAGAAUGGUGAUUGCUGAGUAAUGUGCAACAUAAAAUAUUCUUAACACUGUGCGCUGCCAUUGCUGUGAUGACAUCACAAUUGUCACUGGGAUCAGGUCGGUGUGCUUCGAUUUUGCCCCAGCUCGCGACUUGAACAUUCCGCUUCAACAGGCAUUCCAAUGCAUUUCAGCAAGUAGGAGGUCAGAAGCAUCCCAUCUCCCAUCCUUGGGGAAUGCACCAUAAUAAUCAAAAUGUAUCGAUUUAAUCGAAUCAUAUCGUAGGGUAUUCUUAAGUAUCCAAAAAUAAUCGGAUCCCUGCUAUAAGAAAUCGAUACCGUAUCCGUAUCGUAUCCUCAUGGAGACUGUGAUUUACACCCCUACUGGAGAACAGACUCAAAUAUGACACCUACUGCAAGUAGGAGGUUGAGAAAAUGUAUAUUCUUUUAGUGGCAGCAUGCAACUAAUGUGAACUUGUUUCUUCAACUUGUUUUAUACUGUAGCCUAACAAUAAAAUGAAGAUCUCUCAUAAAGAAGA